AUGGGCUUGGUGCCCUUGACAGCCCCUGAAGGCUUGGAGCCUUCAAGGGUAGUCUUGGUGUCGAUCUGGGACUGUGUCUAUCAGACUGCAUCAACCCUGCUCUCAUCAGUGACUGCCCUUAGGGGCUUGAAUGAUUCAUUUUCUGUCUAUCCUGAGGAAACCCACUUUCUGGGCCAUGCAGAUGGAAUACUGCCAUUCUGGAUUUUGAUUGGAAUUCCACCCAUAUGUUUCCAUUUUAAUAGUGUAUUUCUCAUCCAUUACUCUAACAUCAUUUUCUGCUCAUGGCAAUCUACUCUGAAGGAUAUGAUUGGCAAACUGAAACUGUGGCACACAGUCCAGCCUCCCGAAGGCUGGGAAGAGCACAUGUUUGGCCUGAGAGAUAGAAGAUACUCCUUGACACCAUGUCCUUCCAUUGUGAACACCCCAAUGCUCCCUUCCCCUUCCCUGCACCUGGAUGACCAAAUCUGUGAUGAGGACUCUGCAAUGGAGGUGGAGGAGAAUCCCAACAACAAUGAAAAUGAGGAUGACCAGCCUUCCAGUAAUGAGAACAAGGAUGAUCAGCCAUCUGGUAGCAAGAAAGAGGAUGACUGGCUGCCCAGUAGCAAUGAUGAUGACAAGGGUUCUGAUUACAAUGAGAAUGAGAAUGAUGAUGAGGAGACAGAGAGCUUGGGUGACUCCUGUGAUGAUGAUGAUGCACACACUUGCAAUGCUCAGACUGUUUCUUGUGCCCAGUCCCCACUUCCCCCAUUCUCACCACCCAUGUAUGAGUCUGAUGACUCCACCCAUCCUGUAGGGGAUGUUGUCCAUCCUUGCCAAGAAGGUAGCCUGAUCUAUACUAGACUUCAGAAGAAGGGCAAAGGUAGGGCUAUAGAUGCCAAGGACAUUGAUGCUGCAAACCAUAGUGACCAUGAUACCCAACUCCUGAACCUCAAGAAGCCAGGGAAUCUGACAUUCAAGAUGAUGGUGGAAGAACUUGGCCAAUGGCAUGGGCAGUCUGCAUGCAACAUACUUGUCACUGUGGGAUUUAGUGUUAAGGCUUCUCAUACCAAAAUUAAUGAGGCCAACCUCUUCCACUCAUGGUAUUGGGCCAUGCAGCCCAAACCAGAUGGUGGCAUCUCCAAGGAUGCCUUUGCAGCAAGGAGGGAAAAGUUAAAAGCCAUCUAUGAGUGGAGUGAGAGCUCCUCUGCUCUAGAGCAGACAAUGCAAAGACACAAUUUUCUGGAUUGGUCACUCAUGGAUAAGUAUGCUGCAAUUUUCAAGAAUGGCAAUGGUGCAGAUGCCAGGGUGGCUGGCACUGGUUCCAUUGGAGAUUCACAUGUGGCAUUGAAGUUGGCAAUCCCCAGAAAGUUUCCUGGCACUGGCUUCUCGAGUUUUGUGCAGAAGAGCCACCUCACUAUUGUCAACUGGCCCCAUGGUGUAUCUCCACCAGGCCCUGGUUUUGAGUACAAGAAACUUAGGGCUGGCCCUCUUCAUCAACUUGUAGUACCUUACCUUUGGAGAAAACUGGGUCUUUUGUAUGAUGGGCAAACUGAUGAUGAGGAAGAACAAGAUAGUCUGGAUGAUGUGCUAGAAAAAAGAUCUCAGAUGAUCCAGAGUGGCAGAAGUCCCUCAGGGAAAUGGAUUCGCCAGCAGCAAGGCAUGGAGGUAAGCAACCCACAUGUGGAGGCAUCAAAUCAUGAUACUAUUGGUCCCCAGGAUUCUCAGGGUGACCAUAUGAACUAUCAUGAUCCUGGCCCAUCUAAUAUCCCAUAUCAUCACAAUCAAUUUCCUCCAUCUCACCAAGGAUUCCAUCACAUUCCAUCUCGAACCAACCAUCCUUACUACAAUGGUCCAUAUACUGAUGACUACUACCCUCCAACCCAGUCAGGUGAACCUCAUUGGGUUAACAGGGGUAAUGCUGCACAAUAUGAGGACAACUUUGCUGAGGAGUAUAUAAAUGAAGAUUACUACUAG